GCGCGCGGUGCUGACGCGGCAGCGGUGGCCGGGCCGGACCGGGCCGGGCUGAGCCGAGCUGAGCUGAGCCGAGCUGGACCGGGCCGGACUGAGCUGAGCUGAGCUGGGCCGAACCGGGCCGGGCUGAGACGAGCCGGGCCGGGCUGAGCUGAAUUGGGCCAAACCGGGCCGGGCUGAGCCGAGCCGAGCUGAUCUGAGCUGGGCCGAACCGGGCCGGGUUGAGCCGAGUCGAGCUGAGCCGAGCUGAGCGGGGCCGCCAUGGUGGCCAAGCAGCGCAUCCGCAUGGCCAACGAGAAGCACAGCAAGAACAUCACCCAGCGCGGCAACGUCGCCAAGACCUCGAGAACGGCCCCGGAGGAGAAGGCGUCGGUCGGGCCCUGGCUGCUGGCGCUGUUCAUCUUCGUGGUCUGCGGAUCAGCCAUCUUCCAGAUCAUCCAGAGCAUCCGGAUGGGCAUGUGAGGGGCCAGGGCCGGGCCAUGGCCCGCCGGCCCCGGCCGCCGCAGCACUGCCGAGGAGCGGCGCGCGGCACCGGCCGUGUCGCAUUCCAGGUCCCUUCACGAGUCAUUCCGAGUUUUCUAGCCCGUGCCACAGUGCCUUGAACAGCACCACAUGUAUAAAGCAAUAAAAGUCUGUUGUUGAUCUACAAUCGUGGACCUACUUAUUCGCUGAAGAUCCAGCCUGGUCUCUCACACACGGAGCUGUAACGCGACAUAGGUCCAUAGGAACUGGCAUCUUGUAAACACCGGUCCCAGACCGGUGUCACCCUCUGUAUAGCUGGAAAUGGUUUCAUUUGACGCUGGAAGCCGGGAUUUUUGCAGUGGCUGGAGCCCGACUGUGCAGCAUGUUCCCGAGGAGCCCCACCGUGCGUCGCCCGUGUGCGCAGGGAGGCCCCACUGCAGCAUGUGGCAGUGCCGUCCUCGCAGCUGCACCUCCUGUAGCUUUGCCCUAACCCACGCCAAGCGCUUGUCUGUGUAGGGGCACCGGGGUUCCCAAGGGACUGGCGUGGCCGGGCGGCACCUGCUCCCGACGGGACUCGGCGCUGGAGCGUCACGGACUGUGGAGCUCCCAGGGCCUCUCCCGGCUGUGCCUGCGCUGUAAAUACUCCUUGGACAACUUUCAGCCAGUGGUGAUAGUUUUAAAUUUGACAAUGUUGUGUGGGAAUGUUUGGUGCAGGUGGGGGGACCCUGCCCCCCUGCCCACAGUUCUGCUUCUAUGUGCAGCCCCUGCAGAGUGUGGUGUGUCUUGCAAUAUAUAUUUAAUCCUAUUUAAGGUAAAACCUGCUUUCAACUCGAUUUCUUCUAACAGUGGAUCCAGUACUUAACUGCUUCCCUACGGAUGAUCACAGUUCCUUCUUCUGUAGACAACUGUAACUUGAGGUCACAUGGAAAAUGCUGCUAUUGAUCAUAUUUCCCUGCUGAUGGCCCCAACUCCUGCUGUCUCUCUGGUGACAAAGGGGGUGUGAAUCGCUCUGCUGGUGCACGCAGUUGCUAAAGGAAGUUUCCUUUUUCCAGGUUUCUUAGCAGAAGACAAAUUCAAAGUCUGAUUAUGCUAGAAGUAAUAGAAAACAAAUCUGUCAAGGUUAAUGAAAUGCCUGUUAGCUGUGAAGGAGCAGAUCUUUUGUACUCGUGUAUUCCCAUAUGGAAUCAUGGGGACUGGUGUAAGCCAGCACGGCCAUGGGUGUGCCCAGCCUGGCCACCGGGGGGACGGGGACCUUGGGCCAGGGCACUCGUGUGCUGUGAGCGGGGAAAGUCUGUAUAAUCGCUGAUUUUAAAUAAAGUUCUUUCCAAAUGCAA